AUGAGAUUUGCGCUGUGGCAAGUCAAGAUGCGGGCGAUUCUGGCACAAUCUUCGGAUCUUGAUGAGGCGUUGGAUGGUUUCGGAGGCAAAGGGCAUAAGUCAUGGACCGCUGAAGAGAAGCGGAAGGAUCGUAAGGCUCUGUCUCUGAUUCAACUUCAUCUACAUAAUGAUAUUUUGCAAGAAGUGCUGCAGGAGAAAACUAUCGUAGAACUUUGGCUCAAGCUAGAAUCGAUCUGCAUGUCUAAGGAUCUAACCAGUAAGAUGCACGUGAAGAUGAAGUUGUUCAUGCACAAGCUGCAAGAAGGUGGUUCGGUGAUGAACCACUUAUCGAUCUUUAAGGAGAUUGUUGCCGACCUAGUGUCGAUGGAGGUAAAAUAUGAUGAUGAACAUUUUGCUCUUCUACUGUUAUGCUCAUUGCCUAGUUUGUUUGCAAAUUUCCGAGAUACCAUACUAUUAAGCCGUGAUGAACUAACCCUUACGAAAGUAUAUGAGGCCCUCCAGUCGAGGGAGAAGAUGAAAGGUAUGGUUCAAUCUGAUGUGUCAUCCUCCAAGGGUGAAGUGUUGCGGGUUAGAGGCAGGCCUGAGCAGAAAACCUACAACAACAACAAUAUUCGAGACAAGAGCAAAAACGGUAAAGGUCGUUCGAAGUCCAGAGGCAGUGAUAAGUUCUGCUGGUAUUGUAAGAAAGAUACUCAUGUCAUUGAGGAUUGUUGGAAGCUGCAGAAUAAGGAGAAAAGAAAUGGUACAUAUAAACCAAAAAAUAAAUCCGAUGGUGAUGGUAAGGCCUCUGUUGUCUUCACUACUGCUGAUGGUUCUGAUUCAGGAGACGUUCUUGUUGUUUUUGCUGGUUGUGUUGCUGGUCGUGAUGAAUGGAUACUUGAUUAUGCAUGCUCAUUUCAUAUAUGCUCUAACAGAGAUUGGUUCAGUUCUUACGAUUCUGUGCAGAGUGGAGAUGUCGUGCGUAUGGGAGAUAACAACCCACGUGAGAUCGUGGGCAUUGGCUCUGUUCAUAUCAAGAUGCAUGAUGGCAUGAUACGCACACUGAAAGAUGUGAGACACAUACCAGGGAUGGCCAGAAAUCUAAUCUCCCUCAGCACACUUGAUGCCAAGGGGUACAGACACUUCGGUUCAGAUGGAGUGUGUAAGGAGUUGAAAGUUAUGAUAGAAAGGCAAACUGAAAAGAAGUUGAGAGUUUUCAGUUACACUGCUUAUGCUCAUGUUGAUAAUGGAAAGCUAGAACCUAGAGCCAUUAAGUGUCUGUUUCUUGGUUAUGGUUCUAGAGUUAAAGGAUAUAAGUUAUGGAAUCCUGAAACUAAAAAGAUUUUCAUGAGCAGGAGCGUUGUUUUCAAUAAAUCUGUUAUGUUUAAUGACAGCUUGUCCACAAAUAUUUCUCCAGUUGGUUCUGAUGAGGAGCAGCAACAUGUUAGCGUGUAG